AUUCAGUGUUUGUGUGUCUACCGUUCUCUCGCCGGCAUGCGACGCGACUUCACUGGCGACCUCAGACACACAGACAGCCCGACAGGCUGGCCGGCCUCUGUGUGUUUGAGAUCCCUCUCCCUCGUCGGCGACAGCCGGCCAAGUAAACUGGGAGAGCACAAGACCAAGUAGGAGAGGCAGCACCUAGUUCUUUACAUGGACUGACUACAUCGCCUACCAGCCCCACCCCUACUCCACUCAGUCAGACACUCAGACACACAUUUCUCUGUUGUGGUCGCUCAUCCAUCUACAGCGAGUCAGUCAGUCUGUCAGUGAUACAAAAAGACUGCACAGUCAGUCAGCGAUCCAUCCGCCACACCAGCCAGCCUAGUAGUAUGUGUGUCGUCUCCCUCCCUCCCUCUCCCCCUCCCAAUUUCAGUCCGUCCGUCUGUCCGCCGUCGACUGAAAAACCGAUACGUACAAAUAAACAAAUCUACACAGACCACCCCAAUCCAAUCAACCGCCGGCAGCAAGUAGCCAAGGCAGCGAUUAAGCUAGUGCCAAGCCGCCCCACCCUCCUCAAGCCAUCCAUCCAUCCAUCCAUUCAUCCAGGGCCUCCUCAUUCCAUUGGUGUGAUCUCCUCCUGCUGCCCCAGCGUGUCCAUGCCUGUGUCCGAGCGCCCCAGCCUCAGCUCGGUCACCUCGCGCGUCGCCUCGCCGCCGCCGCCCGUGAUGUGGGCCAGCCGCUGAGGUUCGACGGUCAGCGACGCCAGCAUGGCCGGCUGCCGCACCGCCAGCUGCCGGAACUCGCUGAAGUCGAUGAACCCGUUGUGGUUGACGUCGGCCUGCCGGAACGUCUCGUCGAUGAGCGAGGCGCUGUUGACGACUCGCCGAGUGCUGCCGUGGCCCUGCAGGGAGGCCUCCACGAGCUGCGCCAGCUCCUCCCGCGAGAUCUGCCCAUCCCCGUCGAUGUCAUAGAUGCGGAAGGCCAGCUUGACCUUCUCGUCGAGUGAGCCGAGGCCGAGCACCGAGAGGCCGUUGAGGUACUCGCGGAAGUUGAGGACGCCGUCGCCAUUCGUGUCGAAGACCCGGAAGAUCUGUCGUGAGAGCUCGUUGCUGCCGUCCAUGCCGAUGGCGCAGCAGAAUUCCCCCAGGUCGAUGACGCCAUCGUCCUCGCCGAUGGCCGAGAGCUGCCGGAAGUGGUGAAAGAUGCUCAGCACCUGGUCGGCCGUGAAGUGCGUCUCGUCGGCGAACAGCUUCAGCUCACUGGUCGUCAACCCAGUCUUGGGACGCGAUAUGCCAAUUCCCAUCGGCCGCGCGGCCACACGAUGUCAUCCUGCACACAUGCGCCGCUGCCGAUGCCGCCGUCAGCUGUUGACUGCAGUCAGCGAAGGCGGCAGCGGCGAUGCUCUCGAAGCUCGAGGCCAGGACUGCCUGACGGCAAAACAAACCAUGCCGCAUGACAAUGAUAGGAGUGGCUGAGGUCCGCUCACACCUCUGUGUGUUCUGUGUGUUCGAUGAUGAGUGGACUUCGGUCGACAGAUCUCGCCACCUUGCACCGGGAAGUGAAGCGGUCGUGGAGAAGAGAGGGAGAGAGCUGUCGAGAG